AACUCGAGCAUCGUGAAGUAUGCUGGGCGUUGAUCGCCUCCUGCGAUGGGGGCUGCCUCGCGGUAUCGUUGUCGGUGUCGUCGCAGAGCAGGGCAUAAGAAGUAUUUGCGAGAUUGUCCUAUCGCAAUCUGAUCUGGCGAGCCACGUCUGGGUCCUUUGGGGUGUUGGGCUGCAAAUCUGGGGGCCCCCAAGGGCCGAUAUAUGGGAUUUGUGGAAUGCGCAUGAGACAGCCACCUUUCUCCGGUACUCUGGAAUGUGUGUGCACACCACGCGUUAUCUCCAUCGUCUCUGAUGUGAUGGAGAAUGCCCAAGGUAAUCCAGGACAAUGCAGACAAUGGGGAGCUCCAUUUUUUGCAGGUUGUGGUAACCAACGUCCAGA